AUGCUGAUGUGCUUUCUUGAUCAGCGAAUCCGCGGGAAGGGGCCAAGUGAUGGUUCUGGUCAAAUGGAUGCCAAGGAACUUGGAGCUGUCGACAUCUCUACAGCAGCUCCGUCGAUGAGGACAGUGUUGCGUUCGCACUCGACUCCCCGCACUUCCUUUGGUCAACAAUCAGCUCUUUGUAAUCCGGCAGCUCAGCCUGAGUCCCCGACAUUCUUCACACAGGAAGAGGUCAACAAACUGAUAUCCGAGUUGGGUGGGGUGGAACAGGUUAAACCUCUGAUAAAGAAGAAAACUGAGUUGGACAAUGCAGAGCUUAACAUUGCAGUGACUGGAGAAGCAGGUGCAGGAAAGUCUACCUUCAUCAACGCCAUGAGAGGGCUUUGGAGCACAGACAAGGACGCGGCUGCAGUUGGGACCACAGAAACUACAAUGGAGCCAAGCGGUUAUCCACAUCCCUGUCUGCCCAAUGUUCGGUACUGGGACCUGCCGGGGAUUGGAACUAUACGAUUUCCUGUGGGUAAGUACCUAAUGGAAAUGACAUUUGAAAGGUACAAUUUCUUUAUCAUAAUUUCAGAUUGUUGAUUCAGAGAAAAUGAUAUAAAACUUGCUAAACAGAUUAAACGCCUGGGGAAGAGUUUCUAUUUUGACUGUUCCAAGAUUGACUGUGAUCUUCAUUCCAUGAAAAUGGAAGGGAUGGAAAUUAAUGAAGGAGGAGAACUGGAAAACAUCUGGCUUGACUGUGUCCAGAGAUUGGAAGAGGCGGGGAUUCUGGCUCCAACUGUGUUCCUGAUUUCCAGUUUCGAGCAAAAUUGGUAUGAUUUCAUUUGGUUAAAUGAUGCACUUGAAUAUGAUCUACCGAAUGUAAAGAGCAGUCUGGAUGACGCUUCUCUUCUAAGACUGACCAACAGGGUAGGGAAAUCUGUGGAAGAGCUGAAGGCAAUAGUAAAAUCUCCCCUGCAGGGGGAAAUAACUCCAGAUGUAAUUAGAAGAUUUGGGAGUCCUCAUAUUGUUGUCUUUUCCACUCUGGAAUUUGUCUCAGGCAUUGGCUCGGUUCGUGGAGCAGUAUUAUCAUCUCUCAUCAGGUACAGCAUAUUGAACGAUGCACCGAUGGAUCUUACAGAGGACGCAGAGAGGGUGGUGAAGGUUGCGAAUGGAACUGAUUAA